AUUUUUGCCGGUCUCUAUAACAGUGGGAUAUAUAUAUAUAUAGGUAUAGGUACAUAUAGAGAGAUAAGGAGCUGAGACGGAUAAGGCAAAUGGGAAACAAGAGGGAUUUGCUGUUGUGCUUGCUGGUACUAAUGGUAGCCAUGGAUGGGGCAAUAGCAAGUCAUAAAUGGAGGCCAUUUAACCGAAGCUGUUUUCCACCUGGUUUUAUUUUCGGUGCCGGAUCAGCUGCUUACCAGAUUGAAGGAGCAGCUCUUGAAGAUGGAAAAGGAGCAAGUGUAUGGGACAUUCUCGUUAGACAACAUCCAGAAAGAAUUGUUGAUAGAAGUACAGGAGAUGUUGCAGUUGAUUUCUAUCAUCGUUACAAGGAAGAUAUCAUGCUUAUGAAAAAAAUUGGUUUGGAUUCCUUCAGGUUCUCCAUUUCAUGGACUAGAAUUUUACCCAAGGGGAAACUUAGUGGCGGGGUAAACCCAUUGGGUGUCCAAUUUUACAGCAAUCUCAUAGACGAUCUUCUUGCCAAUGGUUUAAAGCCCUUUGUCACUUUACUCCAUUUUGAUCAUCCCCAAGCUCUUGAAGAUGAAUAUGGUGGAUUUUCAAGUCCCAAAAUUGUGGAUGACUUUGUAGAUUAUGCUGAUUUUUGCUUUAAAACAUUUGGGGAUCGAGUCAAGCAUUGGGUGACCAUGAAUGAACCUAAUGGGUGGAGCUUAGGCUUCGGCCAGGGCUUACCUCCCUCUUCAACCCGGCCUUAUAUCUUAGCCCAUCAUUUUCUUCUUUCCCAUGCAGCUGCCGUCAAUCUCUACAGGAAGAAAUACCAGGCAUCUCAAAAGGGAAAAAUUGGAAUCACCUUAGUAACCACUUGGUUUGAACCAAAAUUUGAUACAACCGCGGACCACAAGGCAGCUUCCAGGGCUCGGGAUUUCCUUUUUGGAUGGUUUAUGGAUCCAAUAAUAUAUGGUGAGUAUCCAAAGAGCAUGCAACCAUUGGUAGGAAACAGACUGCCCAAAUUCACUGAAGCAGAGUCCAAGCUGUUAAAAGGGUCAAUUGAUUUCCUUGGUGCAAAUUACUACACCACUAAUUACGCAGAAAAUGGUCCAUCGAAUACUCCCUUCCUACCCACUGAUGCCAGAGUAAAUCUCACAACCGAGAAGAACGGAGUUCCCAUCGGCACAACCACUGAUGUGAGCUGGCUUUUCAAUUAUCCAAAGGGUUUGAGAGACCUCCUGCUAUAUUUAAAGAAGAAAUAUAACAAUCCGACCAUUUACAUUACAGAAAAUGGGGUGGCUGAAGCAAAUAAUGCUUCAUUGACAGUAAAAGAAGCACUCAAAGAUAGCACCAGGAUUCGAUACCUUGGCGGACACUUAAAGUACCUUCUAAAAGCAAUCCAGGAGGGUGUUAACAUAAAGGGUUACUACAUGUGGGCCUUUUUGGAUGACUUCGAAUGGAAUUCUGGAUAUACACUUCGGUUCGGGUUCACAUACAUUGAUUACAAGAACAACUUGAGAAGAUACCUUAAGUAUUCAGCUUAUUGGUUCAAGAAAUUCCUCCUUAAUUAACAACAACAAUGUCACAAUGGAUUACAACACAAUAGAAUAAUAGUAUUACUUCAUUAAUGUUACACAAAGGAGACCAUCUUCUAUUGUGACAAUUUCUACCUAGUACGGAGAUGUCACACAUGCAAAGAGUUUUACAAACCAUUUUCUCACAUAAAAUGUACAAAACAUACAUUAAAGUUUUAGGUGCCUCUUAACUUCUAA